CGUUCGUUUAUUUAGUGGCAACCUAACCCGCUGCUUCAACUGGCUGCGCAGUAUACUGCGCAGCUACCUAUUGUAACUGCUGGGACACGUUUACUGCGCCGGCAAGCAGAUGGGGGAUCCUGCAGGGGUUUGGGCUUGGGUAAAGCGUCAUCACGCCAUCAAAUUUACGCGGGAUAUCGUUGCGCGGUAUAUUCAGUUCAGAUUCGGAUCAUGAGCGGAUUAAAUCUAAAUUCAGACGUACACUUUUUGUGUACUGAUACCGAUGGGCAGCCUCAUCGUGAUCAAGAUAAACUGGUUAUCUGGAAUAAUGAAAGUAAGUAAUUAUUGAAAGCAUAAUUGGUUGUAUUUUUAAUUAGACGUGUGUGAGUAUUAAUACUCGACGCUGUUCACUGCCUAUUGAGGCAGAUCAAUAGAUAGUCUUUUUACUUGCAUGUGCUUUGCCAUACGUACCAUUGACGAAUGAAAUACACAAACUAUCCUUCAGAACAAACUAUGAUGCUGGUACCAGAUGUACCAGAAGUUCAGGCGUUCUUCGGUCUGAAAUUGCCUACCUCACUACCUUCCUCGCUACCUACCUCAAUAGCUAACCCAAUCCCAAUUCUAACUUUGAACACCACGGAAGAAAGAGCAUCUUCCAAUAUAUCUAAACAAGAUUCAGAAUGUCAACGUAUGUUCCACGAGAGUUUGCAAUUGGCAUCAUGCCGAGCAUCAUGCAAUGACCAAGGGUCAUCCAAUUCUGCACCACAAAAUUUCAAAUGGUCAAAUGCUACAACUAUGCUUCUAAUUGAAUUGAGGCUGGAAGCAAAUGCAGAGUUCAUGAAAACACAGAAAUCAUUCAACAAACAUUGGGAUAAGAUAUUAACCAUUUUUGCUCAACAUGGGUAUUCUGUUACCCGUGAAGAGUUGAAAUCGAAAUGGAAAAAUUUGCUUGUUACCUAUAACCGAAACGUCGACAAACUCGCAAAAACGGGUGAAAGUUCCAUAGAGUGGGAGUUUUUUGAAAAAAUGCACGAUGUUCUUGGAGAUAAAAGAAAUGUUGAGCCACCACCUAAUACAUUGGGCUCCACUCUCCAAAUAAAUAAUGUGAAUAAAUCAUUAUCUAACAACAAUAAAAAUCAAUUCCAAUCUGACACAAUAAUUAACACAGAUAAGGAAAAUUCGGAAAAUGAUGAAGACACAGCGAUAGAUUCCGAGGUGAAAGAUGAUGAAGAACAAGAGGCUACACAAUUAAGAAUAAAACUUGUACCAACUCUAAGAGGGAAUUUGCAAAAAAAAAAAAAAACAAAUAGAAAGAGGAAGAGCGACGUUAUUUAUGAAAUUAGAGACCUGCUGGGUGAAAAAAAGGAAAAGGCCCUAGCACAACAGCGAUCGAUGUGGGAGGAAAAAAAAGAAAUUGAACAGAACCGGACAAAUGCUAUUCUGGCACUGGCAGAGGCUAUCAGAGGUUCAAAGAAACGACGCAAUGAUUCUGACGAUGAAAGUUGAGUUUUUAGUCAUCGAUCACAUGCAUUUUAUUUUCUUGUUACAUUUCUAUCCAAUAUUCUAAUAAUUUCAUUUUCAUAAAUGCUAUAUUUAUAACCAGUACAAAAUAUUUUUGAUAACAAUUAAAGUUCCCUUUUGUUUGAUACAAAAUACUCAUAUAAUAUAUUUAUUUAUAGUAAUGGAAAUGUACCUCUUAUUCACCUGUAUCUGAAAAACUGCGCCUAUAUAAUACUUAUAAAACCAUCCAAGAAUUCAUCAAGACCAGAUGAUGAUGACUUCAUAGUGUCUCUAACAUUCUAGCUAUAUUGUCACGUUUUGUCCUGGCAUCCUCGUUGUGAUUAAC